GCCGCGUCGGCCCUGGCGCUGCCGGAGCAGCCUCGCCAUGGCUGGCUUCAUCUACCAGCUCCCCGCCCGCGUGCUGGACGAGCUCUGCCGCAGCAUGGACACGCUCAGCGAGUGGGACUGGAUGCAGUUCGCCUCCUACGUGAUCACAGACCUAACGCAGCUGCGGAAGAUCAAGGCCAUGGAGCGUGUGCAGGGCGUGAGCAUCACGAGGGAGCUGCUGUGGUGGUGGGGCAUGCGGCAGGCCACAGUGCAGCAGCUGCUGGACCUCCUGUGCCACCUGGAGCUCUACCGCGCUGCCCACAUCAUCCUGAGCUGGAAACAGGGUCCUGAUACCAGCUCUUCCCUGCCAGCCUUCCCAGGGGCUGUGCUGCCAGGUCCUGUGGCAGCUUCCCUAAGAUGCAGCAAGGAGGAGUGGGAUGUGGGGGAACUCCUGGAACCAGCCGCCUUUCAGGGACCAGAAUCUGCUCUGCCCCGAGCCCACCAAGCUACUUCGCUGCUGCUUCCAUCUGAAGAGGACGCUGCUUGUCCCAUAAAGAGUGACCUCUCUGUAACAUCGCACUCCGAGGAUUUCAGCACUUCUGUUCCUAAGCAAGAAAGACUUCUGAGCUGUUCUGGAGAUGGCCUUCUCUGGAGCGAGGCGGACGUGGUCCAGGUGACCAGCAACUUCAACCCAAGCUGCAGGAUCAGCAGCGGCACCUUUGCUGAUGUGUACCGAGGGCAGAGGCAUGGGGCGCCCUUGGUCAUCAAGCAGCUCCGGGAGGUAGCCUGCUGUGGUUCAAGGCCGCUGGAAAGAUUCCUUCAGGUGGAAGUGCAAAUUUGUCUAAGAUGCUGCCACCCCAAUGUGUUGCCUUUGCUGGGCUUCUGCACUGGAGGACGGUGUCACAGCCUGAUCUACCCCUACAUGGCCAAUGGUUCUCUACAGGACAGACUGCACAGCCAGGAUGACUCAGACCUCCUGCCCUGGCCCCGGCUUGUCAGCAUCUGCUCAGGGCUGCUCGGUGCGGUUGAGCAUCUGCACGGCCUGGACAUCAUCCACGGCAAUGUUAAGAGCUCCAAUGUUUUGCUGGAUGAAGAAUUUACCCCUAAGCUGGCUCAUCCGGUGGCUCAGUUGUAUCCUGUCCACAAAAGAUCAGAAUACACGGUGAUGAAGACCCACCUUUUCCAGGCCUCAGCAGCAUAUGUGCCAGAAGAUUUCAUCAGGGUUGGGCAGCUGACCAAGCGUGUGGACAUCUUCAGCAGUGGGAUAGUGCUAGCGGAGGUCCUCACCGGCAUGCCUGCGAUGGACAGUGACCGGAGCCCCGUGUACCUGAAAGAUUUACUCCUCAGUGCAAUUCCAAGCUCCAGGAAGACGGGGGUGCAGAAGGUGACAGUAAAAGAGAUCUGCCAGAAACACUUGGAGAAGAGAGCUGGGUCGCUGCCUGAGGACUGUGCUGAGGCCUUGGCCACAGCUGUCUGCCUCUGCCUGCGGAGGCGCAACACUAGCUUGCAGGAGGCGCGGGGCUCGGUGGCUGCCGUGGAGGAGCGGCUUCGAGGGCGGGGUGCGCUGCUGCAGUGGAGCGGGCUCUCUACAGGAACCGGUUCCGCCGCCAACACACCCGAGGAGACCGAUGACGUGGACAACGCUGGCCUCCAGGCACUGGUCUCCGGUGGGGCGGCGCCCAGUGUGGGCCCGGAGGCCGAGGCAGGAGGGCUGCAAGCGAACUCCUGUGGGCCGCAGGGCGGUCCAGAGACUUCAUGGAAAAUUGAGAUAAAUGAGGCUAAAAGGAAACUGAUGGAGAACAUCGUGCUCUACAAAGAGGAGAAACUGGACAGCAUUGAGCUUUUUGGACCCUGAUGACUGGAAGAAGCUGAGGACUCUUGUCCUCCAGUGGAAAGACAAGUGUCUAAUCCAGGAAAAGGGCUGAGGCAGAAACCAGCAUCUGGCAAGGAACACACAGCAAGCAUUAGCUUUCCCAGUACCCUCUCACCUGUGAGUUAGGGAGAAGGGACCUCAGCUUUCUUUUCUGUUUCUUUUUUUUUGUGAUACUGGGAAGUGAACCUAGGUUUUUUUUUUUUUUUUUUUUUUUUU